AUGUCUGAAGCUGCUGUAUCUUCAGUUGAAGUUACUCGACCAAAAUCUCCAACUAUUUCAUUUAUAAAUUCAAAUAAAGGAAAACCUUUACUCGUAGCAAAUAACUAUGUUUUCAAAUUGAAUAAAACAACAACUACUACUAAAUAUUGGAUAUGUACACUUAAUGGAUGUUCAGCUAAAUUACAUACAGAUUUAAAUAGUCAAUUGAUUAAAACGAUUGGUGAUCAUAAUCAUCUUCCAGAAAAAGAAAAACUUGAAGUUCGUGAAUUUCGUGAAAAAGUCAAACAACGAGCAAUAAAUGAAACAACACCAAUUCCACGUAUAUAUGAUGAAGAAUGUGCAAAAGCAAUGUUGUCAGAUGCUGCAAUAGCUGUAUUACCAAGUGAACGUGAAAUGAAUAGUGGAAUUAACAAAGCACGCCGGGCUAUUACACCUACAAUCCCAACGACACAAUUAUUUGAUAUUCCUGAUGCUUAUUCGAAAAUAUUGCAGAAAAAUGAUUUUUUGAUUGUUGACAAGAUGAUAACAAGACGACAACGAAUACUUUUGUUUUCAUCAAAUGAACAAAUGAAAAUGCUUUUCACUGCUGAAACAAUACUAAUGGAUGGAACUUUUUCUACUUGUCCGAACAUGUUCGAUCAAGUGUACACCAUUCAUGCAAUAAAAUACGAUCAAUCAUUUCCCUGUGUUUUUGGUUUAUUACGUAAUCGACAGAAAAGUACAUAUCAUUUCAUGUUCAAUGAAUUGAAAUCAAUCGCUUUACAAAUGCAAUUGAAUUUUGCACCAAAAACAAUCAUGAGCGAUUUUGAACCAGGACUACUGGCUGUAGUUUCAACUGAAUUUGCUACAGCAACACACUCAUCUUGCUAUUUCCACUUCACUCAAGCCAUAUAUCGAGCAAUACAACGCGUUGGUUUAUCAACAUCCUAUAAUGAUGAUGAUGAUGUUAAACAAUAUUGUCGAAAAUUGAUGGCUCUCCCAUUGCUACCAGAAGCUAUUAUUGAAGAUACUUAUGAUGAAUUAAUUGUAACAAUGCCAAAACAAUUGAAGGACACACUAAAUGAUUUAUUAGAAUAUUUUUAA